AUGGGUCGAGAUCCAGAUUAUCGGACCUCCGACCAAUUUGUCAAAAGAACCAUCGGGUGGAGGGAACUUGCAACGCAUGAAGAAAUUGCUAAUCCGUUAAAAAGAAGUCGAACAUCUUCAUAUUCGAGCUCACAAAAAGCGUCAUCGGAUGGUCACGUAGGCGUUAAUCUUAAUGAUGUUAACGGUGAAAUCGAAGAAAUACGCCCGCCUCCUCCACCAAUGGGAAGGGACAAAACAAAAGCUCAAACAAGAGGAAAAGAGAAAGCGACAUCUUCAAAUUCGUCAGUCGGAACUGAGCGGCCAACUAGAUCGGAGAAAAUGAUAGCACAAAUGGAGGCACCUCGACCCCGACAAUCAAGAGGCGUCUAA